AUGGGUUCCAUCGCAUCAGCCAACCCCCUGGACGCGAUCACCGAUCCUUCCCUUUUCAUCUCCGACGCGUUUGUGGGCGGCAAAUGGUUCAAGUCGGACAAGACUUUUGACGUCACAGCACCCGCAACCGGCAAGGUCUUCAGCAAGGUCGCCGACCUGACAAGAGAGCAAAUCGUCCAGGCCAUCGACCACUCGGCCGAGUACCAAGACCAGUACUUCCAGUCCACCACCGCAACACAGAGAUCAAACCUCCUGCGAGCAUGGCACGACCUCGUCCUGAAAAACAUCCGAGACCUGACCAUCAUCCUGUGCCACGAAAACGGCAAGACGUACGCUGAAGCCGAGGGCGAGAUCAAAUACGCCGCCAGCUUCAUCGCCUGGUUCGCCGAGGAAGCCAAGCGGUCCUACGGCGACACCAUCCCGUCCUCGCACCCCAACAGCACCGUCCUCACCUUCAAGCAACCCGUCGGCGUCUGCGCCAUCAUCACCCCAUGGAACUUCCCCGCCGCCAUGAUCACCCGCAAGAUCGCGCCCGCCCUCGCCGCCGGCUGCACCGUCGUCAUCAAGCCCCCGAGCGAGACGCCGCACACGGCCCUCGCCCUCACCCAGCUCGCCAUCGCCGCAGGCAUCCCACCAGCCUGCAUCCAAGUGGUGCCGACGCGCGACCGCUCCGCCGCGACGGAGCUGGCGACGAACCCGCGCAUCGCGAAGCUCAGCUUCACGGGGUCGACGGGCGUGGGCCGCAUGCUGGCCGAGAGCGCGGGGCGCACGCUGAAGAAGCUGUCGCUGGAGCUGGGCGGCAACGCGCCGUUCGUCGUGUUUGGCGACGCCGACGUCGACCGCGCGGCCGAGCAGGUCGUGGGCUGCAAGUUCCGGUGCGCGGGCCAGACGUGCGUGUGUGCGAACCGCCUGCUCGUGCAGCGCAGCGUGUCGAAGGCGUUUACCGCGAAGCUCGUCGAGAAGGUCCGCGAGACGCUUCGCAUGGGCAGCCCCUUCGACUCGGCUACCACCCAGGGCCCGCUCAUCAACGCUGCUGCUGUGGCUAAGACGCACGAGCUCGUGCGCGAUGCGGUGGCUAAGGGCGCGGUCGUCGAGCUUGGCGGCAAGCCUCGUGAGGGCGACGGCUACUACUUCGAGCCCACUGUGCUGACUGGCAUGACGUCUGACAUGGCCAUUGCUAAGGAGGAGAUCUUUGGUCCCGUCGCCGCCAUCUUCGAGUUCGAGGACGAGGACGAGGCGGUGCGUAUGGCUAACGACACCGAGUUCGGCCUGGCUGGGUACUUCUUCAGCCGCGACGUGAGCAGGGUGAUGCGUGUGGCGCAGCGGUUGCAGUAUGGCAUGGUCGGUGUGAACACGGGCGUCAUCAGUGCUGCGGAAUCGCCGUUUGGCGGCAUCAAGCAGAGUGGCUAUGGACGCGAGGGAAGCAAGUACGGCAUGGAUGAGUACCAGAUCCUCAAGUCGGUGACGAUUGGCGGUAUUGAUAAGUGA